AUGUCGGAGCGAGGUGAAGGAGGCACGAGGAGGGAUCCACGGCCGGGUCGGCAAGGAAGCCCGAAAGAGGAACGUGGAGGUGGCCACAGGGGUCUGCAAAGAGAAGAGCGACGGCAUGGAGAGAGCAGAAGAAGUUGGGGGCCAUCGGAACAGCCCAGUAGAUUACGGGAAGCGGACUACAGAUGCACUCUAAGUGGGAGAGGCAGGGGAUUUAGAGGAGGCCAAAGGCAGCAACGUUUGCCAGAGUAUCUUGAACGUGCCCUCGAAUCGACAAGGCAGAGAAAGGGCCAGGUGCUCUGCAAUGCCUGGAGCAUGCACCUAGAAAGUGACCUGAAGGCCUGGGGUUAUCCCUUGAGCAUAAAGGAAAGUGGGACUGGGAGACCGGUUGAGGAAAAGAAGGAGCGUAGAAAGGUUGUGGCUGAGCUACUCAAAUCUCUAACGGGAACCCAGAAGCCGCUGGCCGGCGAGACACCGAGGAGGGUUGUGUCAAGAGGGGCUCAGCACUCGGAAUUAUUAAGGUGGAUUAUCGUCUACUCAGAACGCAUAAGAGAGCUUAUACUUGACGAACAAACACGUGAGGUUGCUGUACGAGAAGGAGAAGCUGCAUCGAAGGUAUACAAUGUUACCUUUGGGGAGGAACGGCAGUUGACGGGCCCUAAUUGGCGCUUCUACUUCGUUGCGGCCAUGAUGAUUACGUUGGAGGCAGCGAAUUUCCGAAGGGCUCUGGGCCAAUCACAGUACAUUAAACUAGAUACGCGUACUCUUAGAACUGAUGCGCAGCUCUACGGCAUUGAUGCAACGCUGAUUCAAAGUGAAAAGGCUUGGCUUAUUAAGGUGAACCGGCACGACCGCAAGCUUGAGCCUGGCCUCCUAGAAGAUCGCCUGCGGGAGAUGGACUAUCAAACGGCCAGGAUUAAGUACAGAAACCGUCUUUGCGUUGCAGUGCAUAAAGGAAAUAUUUACAGAAUUGUAGAAGUGACGGACACAACGGCCGACCGCGCGACCUUUGAAAAAGGAGGGGCCACGAUUAGCGUAGCGCAGUACUUUAAAGAUGUAUACAACCAGAAUGUUGAUGGAAAACAGGUGGUGACAACAAAAGAAGCUCGCGGAGGUUCGAGACUAUGUUACUUACCUGCCAACCUUUUGAGAGUCAUUGCACAAGCCCCGCAGGCGAUAGGAAGCUGCCGACCUAUUAUGAGGCCUAAGAGCGCUCAGGAGACCCUAAUCGAGUGCACGGAGCUAAUGAACAGCAUCCUCCGCAUGCCGGCAGUGAGAGAACAAAUGGCGGAGCUAAAGUUGCGCAUUGGUGAUGAUAGCGGGCUCCCAGUGGACAUCCAGGAGAAUAUAACGAGUCUAAAAAGGCUCAUAGAAAACUCUCCAUCCUUUGGGGAGCCCAGGAUCUCGUGGGGCGCCAAAGAAAAAGAACAUCAACAAGACACAUACGUAGACCUAUCCCCAGAUUUCCGUGCCCGGCUUUGCAACAACCUCGUUCUACGUCACAAAGUUCCCUUGAGUGGUCGCUGGAUGCUGGUUGUCUGCACUGGGCGCAGGGAACACGGUAGUUCUAGAGCAGUAGAAACUAUCAAUAAUACAAUCGAACUCACACGCCAGAGAAUUCGCUACAAGAAUCAACUGGUGGUUGACAUGGAAGCUCCUGCCUGCUGCGAGCACUUUGUCAGAAGCGAGCAAGACUGGAAGAAAGGAAGGGUAGAACGGACAAAGAGAAGUUUGCGAGAACUUUUUAGUGAAAACAGGCAGUAUCUCCGGGGGGCCAUUGUGUUGCUUGCAUAUGACUCAGAUGAGGUCAACAACAGAGUGCGAGUGGCUGCAAAACAAUUCCAGACGAAGAUCACUGAUGAUUCAAAUCAUGCUGGAGUGCCUUGGGCUGCCGACCAGCUGCUAGCUCCGCUAAGUGAGGGAAUCAAGAAGGUUUCUGAAGUAGUAAGGGUGAUCGGCAUUGCAGUCAAUUCAUUCGGGCCACCGAACGCACGCUGCGGGGUUGUUGGCAUUGUCGGCGGAACAAACAUCGAACAUACUCAGUUUGUCAGCCACAUUGGAGCGUCUUCGCCGCAUAACUACCGUGCUGGAGUCAUAAGGGACAUGGCUAGGCAUUUUAAACUUUUCUGGGAAAAACUGAACCUUAGGUUCGGCGAUGGAAAGAUUAGGCGUGCACCGGUUCAUCUCCUUAUAUAUAGAUCGUCUCCCAGCGGCAUUUCUCAGAUAAGGGACGUUCUGGCCCACGAAGUAGGAGCAAUCAGAAGAGUUGUUGAUGCUGACCUAGGGAAAAUCGAAUUUUCUCCAGAAACGUGUGAACUGACUGUAGAACAUGCAAUGGCAGCCGCAUUCCCGGAUGCAGAGUUUGCAGUGACUGUGUCGGUGUGUUCGGGUUCUGCCAUGCGGAGGUUUGCUGGCAAAGCGGAAGCACUGGGACAAUAUGCAUUGCCGGAAGCUCAAACUCUGAGCUGUCCAAGAGCAAUUCCCGAUUCAGAAGGCCGAUACAUCCUUCGGUUUAAGCUUCCGGAGGAUAUGGUGCCUCUCUACAGACCUUUAGGUUUCAUAGUCGGCAUCGUUACCUUCCCUGAACCACAAAAGUUCCAGUUUGAGCGAAGAGAAGAUGAGGAAGGAAUCACACUACCGGAGGACCAUCCUAUUCUGGUAUACGCUAGGGCGAAUUCCAGGUGGAUGAUCAAGACGACGUUAUUGUUUUCAGCAUCGGCUGAUGGCUCCAACGAAUUCGGAGCAUCUAUUGUCUCUGUGGAUGGAGAGGUUGCUGCGGAAGUCAAAAUCGUCGGUAGCGGGCUAAAUCCCGGAGACAUCAUCUACUUAAAGAAAGCCACAGUGCAUCAGAUUUUUCAGCGCGUUUUCAUUAAUGUUUUGGUAAACCCGCAUCGCCCCGCCAACCCAAUCAAGUUCUUCAUGAAGGGAAGAGAAGGGGUUCAAGGGCUCCCAGUCGGUUCAUACAUUGAUAGUGGACCUAUCACCCCGGUGCUUCCAAAUACGGAAACCCUCGAAGAGAAGUUCCUCAUUGGGACAGCUGAUCCAACCCGAGGGUCUCCUUCUGCUUCCGAAUUUCAUAUUGUGCAAAACGAAAGUGAUUGGUCAAAACAAUACCUUGCUGUUCUUUCGUACAAGAUGUGCCACAUGUACUACAACUGGGCUGGGACUGUCAAACACCCACACCUUCUUCAGAUGGCUUUGGCAAUCGUACGCCAGCAUCAAAUUUACGUAGCUUCGGAAAGUGGAUUCGGUCUUGAGUCAGAAUUUGCGCUUGAAGAAAAGUUGGAAGCGAAACCAGUCGCAGAUGCGUCGGAGUCUCCAGAAGAAGGCGAAGAGCAGCAACUCCGGCAGCGUGUACAGAGGCGGAAGCAGGAAGUGGGUUAUGCUGCUGUGGGGCUUCAUCAUGCACACAGAGAGGCACUAGAAGCUGAAGAACGAGAUGCAGGCCUUGAAAAUCUGAAGGAGCUCAAAGCGAAUCUGGAGAACAAGCAGAGUCGCCUCAUGACCACGGCAUUUAUGCUCUAG